CUGCGACUGGUUUGCUGUUCUUGAGGGCCCUGGUGGACCUACAAGGCUUUGAAGCAAAGGACCACUCAAGUCCAAGGACAACGCAUAUUCUGUCAACGAUUCAGCCUCUUUUAUGCCCCCUGCCUCUUUUGUUCCAUCGUCCUUCCCCGCUACUCUUUCUUUUUUUUCCAAACCCUUCUUUCUGACAUUUUUUUACGGUCUGGUAGUGACUAGCUCCAUUAGAAGCGCGUCAUUCUUCCAGCGUCUUAUCACUAUUCUUGUUGUUGUUGCUGUUUUCUGCUCAACGGUUCUCUCAUUAAUUCGGACAAUGGGUCAUUAGCUGCACUGGUUUGCAAGCAUAAAAAGAGAUAUACAUCACGGGACGCGAAAAUAUGCACGAGAAAGAGCAGAGCUCGCCAUGGCUGGCCAUCAAGUUUGGAUGCUGUGCGUCCAAGGAGGAUGUUAUUGAUGAAUCGAGGGAUGGUAUAAGAGGCAUUGAAGAAACCGACAUGCGCAUCUGCUAUGAGCAGCCUCGUGCUGUACCCCAGCCCUGUGCUGAGCCAAUACAUGCGCGUCCAUCAACAAGUCAGUCGGUCAGCCGACACGUCUCACAAUGGGUAUCAAACAGUCGUGAGUAUGCCACACGUGCCUCGUCUCGCACCAGCAUCUCCACCCUCGCGCGACCUAGUCGCUCGCGAGCUCGCCCUAGUAUCAGCCGGCCCAUCAACUUUCGACACUUUGACGGCCUUGAUGACUUCCCAUCGAUGCUCGACGACGCAUCCAUGCCCAUCCGUCGUCGUCGGAGCUUUCGUCCUCUCGAGCUCUCCAUCUACCUACCCAAUGGCUGUGGUCGUCUCUCUCCGUUGCCAGACUUUGGCGACGAAGAGUACUGGUCCAACCUGCCAUCACAGCUCUCCUGUCCUCAGGAAGCCCAUGUCCGUGUAAGAGACUCGCGCACGAGUUCUGUGUCAUCGGAGCCUUCUUCGUCUUCCUAUCUUGUCCAACGCAAACCUAUUCGUACCAAUUCCGGACGCACAAGUGUGCAGAGUCAACACAGCACUGUCACACAUGAGAGGAGAUUGUCUGGAACUACCAUGGGCACCAUGGCCACGCCUACACUUGCGUUUCUACCUGAAGAUUCACCUCUUCCAGAGAGCCAAGUACCUGAAAAGCCCUCUAUUCGUCGCUCUCGCACUUCCGGCACAUUGUCACCAGCGCGUGUCCUCUCACGCCUCCCCUCACCAUCUCGUGCUCGUGCCAACACCGCGCCCUCCCGUCCUGGCAGCAUCCGGCGCACAAAAACCGACGUUGACGACGCCAUCCGCGAACUCAACACUAUUGUCGAAGAACGUCGUGCAAGCGCCUACCGCUCCCAAACCCAAACCCCCUCCUUGGUCAACCGCCCUCCUCCCUCCCCCUCUCACCACGUCCCUUACCUCGCCCCCUCAAUGCGCAUGCAAGUGCGUUCAGAGACCCUCUCAGAUAUCGGCUCCGCCUUCUCAGCACCACUAAGUUCCAAGGCUCUCCCCUCCACCCCGGAACCCGCCCGCCGAACCACCCUGGGUCUCAGCCUCGCAGUCCCCCCGCGCCUCCACACAGGCCCUCUUACUUCCAAUCCACCCACCCCGCCUCCAGCCGCAACACCCACAACCCCAAUUGCCCGGCUAGGCGCCUGGCUCAAACGCUCCACCUCAUCACUCACCUCCAGUGCAACAUCCCUGCCAGCAACACCCAAGACAGUAGCCUCCUUCUACAAAUGCGAAGCCACUAGACCCGGUCUCCCAUCUUCCUCUUCCAAUCUUUCCGAGCGUACCCUUCACACGCGUCAAGAAUCCCACGGAAGCACCGACACCGCUACAACCGUCACCCUCUUCUCCACCACCCGCACCAAUACCCGCCCGGAAUCCCCCGUCUCAAGCAUAGCCACGACCUCUCCGCCAAGAAAACUCCGCCGUGUCCCUGCGCCCCUGAUUCUCGUCGAGGACAAAGAGAUGCAGAUUGAGAAAGUUGUGGUUUCACCUGCGAGUACGCGGUGGAAUGCUACACCCCCCGUGAGCCCGAAUAGGGAUUUACUUAAGGGGAUGGAGAUUGUGGCCAAGGAUGUUGGGGUCGGGGGGAGGUGGAGUCGACGCAGUUUUUUGAGGAGGGAGGGGGCGGUUGGUGUGGCGUUUUGAUUGCUGAGGGGUCGAUGGGACUGGGGUGGGUGAUGUAUUGAUGGUGGUUAAUUCUUCUUUUCUUUUCUUUUCAACUUUUUUUCUAUGGAGAUAGAGGGGGAAAGGUUUGGAGGUGGAAAGUCUCUCUCCCGAUCCCCCUUUUUUUGCGUUUUCUUUUUUGAUACCCAGGUAAGACAUGGCAACGGGGAUAUUGGAAUGGAUGGUGGAAACGGCUUUCUUACUUUCUUUCUUUCUUGUUUGGCUAUAUGCCGAAACUCUUUUAGAUAUAUACCCCUAUGGUGUCUGGAGGGGGGUUUUUUUUCCUUUUCUGUUCUGGUUUCGCCGAAGAUGGUCUGUCUUCUGGGCGGAGAAAGAGAGAGUGAGAGGAAAAAGAAAUGUAGGAUUGGGGUUCGAUAGAAUAGUUUAAUAUGAUACUUUUGUC